UUGAUUCCAUUACUCAUUUUAGCAACAAACGGUGGCUCGGCCUCAAGCGAUGUGGAAUGCAUUGAGAUUGACGAAGAAGUGAGCGAACCUCCAGCAAAGAAGUUAAAAGGCAAUGACUCUAAUGACUCCGAUGUCGCUGUCAUUAAUGGAAAGAACGAAGAGAAACCAUCACAAAAGGAGGACAAACAUAAAGAGAAAGAGGCAGAAUUGACCAGCCCUGGAGCUCUGUUGAAUAAAUUAGAAGAAUACGUUUCAGACGCUAUCGACAAUAAAAAGAACAUAGAUAGAAAGGUUCUCGACGCAUUAUUAGGCGCAAUUAAUGUACAAGUGCAGAAGGAACCGCUUAGUGUACGCAAGCUUAUUUUGGACAAGCAGCUCGUACUACCGAACACGAUCUCAUUUCCUCCAAGUUUGACGGUGGACAUGCUUAUCGAGCAUGAUCCGGAUCACCCCCUUUCGAAAGUAAUCACCAGGAUGUUCGGAGAGGAGCGACCUAAACUUAAUGACACAGAGAAGAAGGAACGACAAUCAUUAAAGCUACACAACAAUGCUCCACAUAUGACAAAGUUACUUCUGGACAUAGGACAAGAUUUGGUUCAGGAGUCAACCUACUGCGACAUUGUGCAUGCUAGGAAUCUGCCAGAGACACCAAAGAAUAUUGAAACUUAUAAACAGGUAGGAGUUUGCCUUUUAGUCCUCAUCUUCAAUUCUACACGCCGCAGUGCGGAU